UUGCCCCCUUUUCACACAAACUCAAGCCCCAAAUCCAGAUAGUCCGGGAGGGACUGGCGCACUGAGGGCUGCUGAGAGACAACCAGAGCUGCUCCGAGGAUGCCCGCGUACGCCACCAACAUGAGGCUGAAGUUCCCCAUCCUGGCCCUGAUCCUGGAAAUUAUCACCAUCAUCCUGUAUGCUGUGUUUGCCGUCUACGAUGAUGGGAUUGGUCAUGACAGCCACCAUAAUGCCACUGAAAGCAACCCCAUGGAGCUCUAUCCCAUGUUUCAGGACGUCCACGUCAUGAUCUUCAUCGGCUUCGGCUUCCUGAUGACAUUCCUGAAGAGAUACGGCUUCAGCAGCGUGGGGGUCAACCUGCUCCUGGCCGCCUUCGGCCUGCAGUGGGGCCUCCUCAUGCAGGGCAUCUGGCACAUGGACCAUGGCAAGAUUAAAGUCAACAUCUUUAAGAUGAUCAACGCAGACUUUAGCACGGCUACGGUCCUGAUCUCCUUUGGUGCUGUUCUGGGUAAAACCAGCCCUGUGCAGCUCCUCAUCAUGACCAUCCUGGAGAUCACCAUCUUCUCUAUCAACGAGCAUCUGGUGGCUAACAUUCUGGAGGCUAAUGAUGUUGGAGCAUCGAUGAUCAUUCAUGCUUUCGGGGCCUACUUCGGUCUCGCAGUGGCUCGAGUUCUUUACCGACCCAAUUUAAGGAACGGACACGAGAACGAGGGAUCUGUUUAUCACUCUGAUAUGUUUGCUAUGAUUGGAACCGUCUUCCUGUGGAUGUUCUGGCCCAGUUUUAACUCGGCCAUCGCUGAUCCAGGCCUGCCUCAGCUCACCGCAGUGAUCAACACCUACCUCUCCCUGGCCACCUGCGUGCUGUCCGCCUACGCCAUCUCCAGUCUCGUGGAGCACAAAGGGAAACUGGACAUGGUUCACAUUCAGAACGCCACUCUGGCUGGUGGUGUUGCAGUGGGAACUUGUGCCGACAUGAACAUUGAUCCAUUUGGAGCCAUGCUGAUUGGAUUUAUAGCUGGCAUCAUCUCCACCCUGGGAUUCAAAUAUCUCUCUCCCAUCCUGGCCUCCAACCUGGGGAUCCAGGACACCUGUGGAGUCCACAACCUGCACGGCAUGCCGGGUAUCCUGGGUGGACUGGCUGGCAUCGUGGCUGUGGCUUUAGGAAAGAAGAACGGCUCUGCGUCCAUGCAAGCUGCAGCCUUGGCUUCAUCCCUCGGGUUCGCUCUGAUUGGAGGAGCCAUCACAGGCUUAAUAAUGAAGCUGCCCUUCUGGGGACAACCUCCGGACCAGAACUGCUACGAUGACUCUCUUUACUGGGAGGUUCCUGAGGAAGAGGAGGAGAAUGAAGGGAGCUUGGCUCCAGCAGAUCCUUCCAAGAAUAAAGCAGAAGCUUAAAUGCCUGCAGAGUGAAGAUGUCCUUCCUUUAAAGCUUCUGUUGUCAGUUACACUUUUGUGAUUUGACAAAACAACACUUAAAACCACUCAGUUAAUCUUUUGAAGAGCCUUACAUAUAAAUGUGUUACUAUUUCCCCUCAGUGCCGUUUACAUUUGUAUUAAUGGAGAAAAUAACAUUUGAAUUGGAAUUGUUUUGUUUUUAAUCAAAGAAGCGUUUGAUCAAAACAAAAAGAAUAAACUCCAUACCUUAGCAGCCCAAAAGGGGAAAGUUUUAUAAGCUUUUCAAUGAAAUUAUGUUAUUUUAAACAUUGCCCUAGCUUGUACGUUUCAGACUUUUUCUCGCAGGUGCAAACCAGCUGAGACAGACAGAAGCUUUGAUCUGUUACCUGACCGGAGCUCGCUCCUUGUGCAUGAAAGGCAUCAUAGCUAAUAGACCUUAAUAUGAUUUAUCUUUACUACUUCCAAACAUUUUCCCAUCAUUGUGAGGACACUUGUACAAUUUUGCAUGAGAUUGCUGUUACUGAACACAAGAUGUUUAACUGUGUUAUUAUUUCUUUUUUUGGAGCAAAUGUAAUUUUUACAUGUACAUACAGACAGGUUGAUAUGGUCAGUUUUGUCACCUCUAACAUCUGGUACUGGAUAUUUUUUCAGUUAUUUUCAACAGAAAAGCAUCAAUCUGGCCUCAGUUGACAAAAACACUGUAGGAUUACAGAAAAACUUCUGUCAAAUCACACUUUAACGCAAAAACUAAAACUGUGUUCAAAACAUAGAACUGAAAGAUUGAUGAAACUGACUACAAAUAGACUACUUAUAGGAAAUUAUUAAGUUUUUUUAAUGAUUUGUGUUGCCAAGAACACUGAAACUCAUCAGGAUUUUUUACACAGUAGGCUUUUUUUGUUUUUGUUUGUAUAAAAUACAAAUACUGUCAUAAUAAAUGUGUUUUUGUACAACA